UCGACAGGCUUCCACACAGGCGCAAGUUACUUUCGUUUUCAACUCGCGGAACGAAAGGGGAAACAACGAACAGCUCCUGAGGAAAGCUGUAGGCCUUGCUAUUGUCACAGGCGUUUUUAAAAACAGGGCUUAAUUUUUUUUUAAAGCUUUAAACGUGUUGUCUUCGAGUGGUGUAGUUUCUCAGCUUCGCCUCAUAUCGAGUUUCUGUUCUGCUUGGCGUCGGGGCGCGCGCGCGGUGCGUGUGUGUCUGUGUGUGUCUGUGUGCGUCUCUCUUUCUACGUGUGUGUCUGUGUGUGUGUGUGUGUGUGUGUGUGUGUUCUGCAGUGACUGUCGGUAAACUUCGGUCAUUUCCACCGGUUUUAGCUGCUAUAGUUGUAGGUGAGCUGAUUUAAGGCUAAAGCAAGCAUCAUAAUGUUGGAGGAAUCAUCAUCGCAACCAGGCUGGCUGAGUGAAGAAGUCAAAACCGGGACUACAAUCAUAGCGAUUGCGUUUGCAGGCGGAGUUGUUCUCGGCUCCGACUCACGAGUGUCUGCUGGGGAGUCAGUGGUGAAUCGAGUUAUGAACAAACUUUCUCAACUACAUGACAAGAUCUACUGUGCUCUGUCCGGGUCAGCUGCUGAUGCCCAGACCAUCGCUGAGAUAGUCAACUACCAACUGGAUGUGCACAGUAUUGAGGUGGGAGAAGACCCCCUGGUUCGCUCAGCUGCCACAUUAGUGAAGAACAUUUCCUACAAGUACAAAGAGGAACUAUCUGCACAUCUGAUUGUUGCAGGUUGGGAUAAAAGAGGUGGGGGACAGGUGUAUGUGACAUUGGACGGCCUUCUAUCUCAGCAGCCGUUUGCUAUUGGCGGCUCUGGUAGUUCAUACAUCUAUGGGUUUGUUGAUGCGGAAUACCGGAAAGGCAUGACACGAAAAGAAUCCCAGAAGUUUGUUGUAGAUGCACUGACACUUGCUAUGAGCAGAGAUGGUUCUAGCGGAGGCGUGGCUUACCUUGUUACCAUUGAUGAAAAGGGAGCGGAGGAGAAGUGCAUUCUGGGAAAUGAACUACCUACAUUUUUUGAUGAGUAACAGUGGCAAAACAAUGUUGCUGGGUUUGGUAAACGCUGCAUUUAUCUCUUUAUUAGGCACACAGGCCAUGUCGGUUAACCCUGUAACAAUCUUUCCAUAGACAAUUUUGUACUAAUCUUCCUUAUACCCUUUACAUUCAGUUACUUUUAUGUCCAGAAGAUUGCUGUUUGGAGAUUAUUGGCUGAUAGACUGAAUAAACUGGAGAUUAUUGGCUGAUAGACUGAAUGCAGCAGUAACACUGAGGUGUUUCAAAACCCAAGCAAUGCUGUUGAACUUGGUCCACUUGUGUCAGUUCCACACACACUAUUAUGCCAGUGUCACUGCUACACUGAAAUUGGUCCAUCACUAAAAUUAUCUGAUCAGUCAGUAUGUCUAAUAAAUUCAGCUACAUUUUACUUUGCCCUAAUGCACUGGAAGUGUGUUCAUGUUGACAUUAAGAUUCAUUAGUUUUAAUUUAAGUGUCACAAAUAAAUGCAGUUCCACAAACAUCUCA